AUGAAAAUCCCCACAGCCAUGGAUGAUAGCUCCGUAUCUCAUCACAACGGAGGGCAAGUUGGAUCUCAAAUCGGAGUCAGUGUAAAUAACAAACAAAAUGACGAACCUAGCCAAAGUGUCCAGUAUUCAAUACCGGGCAUUUUGCACUUCAUCCAACACGAAUGGGCGAGAUUCGAGCUCGAGAGAUCACAAUGGGAGGUGGACAGAGCAGAAUUUGAGGCGCGGAUUGCCUUCCUCCAAGGUGAGAGGAAGGGCCAAGAAAAUCUUAAAAAUGACCUGGUGAGGCGGAUUAAGAUGCUGGAAUAUGCACUCAAGCAGGAGAGGGCGAAGUUUCAUAAGCUCAAGUAUGGGGUGGAGUUACAGCAGGGUGAUGUGCGUCCUCCUCCAGAGGAGCCCCCUGCAGAGCCAGAGCCUGCUGAGAGAGCACAGUGGAAGCAAGGUCGUCAACUUAUUAAACAGUACCUGCAGGAAAUAGGUUACACAGACACCAUACUGGAUGUUCGCUCAAACAGAGUUCGGGCUCUGCUUGGUCUGAACAAUGAAGAAGUAGAAAACCCAAACUACAGAAAUUAUGACAAACAGCAGCACGACAGAUGUGAUUACUCUAUGAACCACAUGGUUCGCAAAUAUGAUUAUGAUACAGGAAAAGAGCCGCGUAAGAGUGGCGUUUCUGCCGGUGGCGGAUACAAUGAGGAGGGUCUCUCUGUGCAAGAGACAGCUGCCGUGUUCGCCAACUUCGAGUUCCUGACCAACCAGGAGAUGGAUAUGGACGAAAUAGAUGAUUUGGAUGCCAAACAGUCGCACCAUCCUCCUGGGAAACAAGGAGAAGAAGUUGAUCAUGAAGCUGAGGAAGUGUUGAAUGAGCUCAAUCUGCUGACCGAAAGAGAGGCUGACGGCGGCGGUCAGGGAGACGAAUACCCUGUUGGAAGUGGAUCCAGUGGUGGCAGCGCAGUGGCUGCUGGCGCGGGCGCAGGGGCGGGUGAGGCUGAUGAGGAGCCUCUCGCUCUAGGGGAACUGGCUCAGCUGACCGUCAGCAACGAGCCCGAAGCUUAUGACGUGGCUAGCGCUAACAAGGAAUCCUUCCGCAAAACUUGGAACGCCAAGUACACGUUGCGUUCGCACUUUGACGGAGUGCGUGCGCUGGCGUUCCACCCCACCGAGCCGGCGCUGGUGACGGCGUCGGAGGACCACACGCUGAAGCUGUGGAACCUGCAGCGCACGGUGCCGGCCAAGAAGUCCGCCGGCCUCGACGUCGAGCCGCUCUACACCUUCCGCGCGCACACCGCGCCCGUGCUCUGCCUCGCCAUGGGCGCACCGCGCUCCGAGGAGUGCUUCUCCGGCGGGCUGGACGGAACCAUCCGCGUCUGGAAUCUCCCACCUCCCACUGCCGAUCCUUACGAUCCCUACGAUCCUGCUGUUCAGGGCGCAGUGCUGCGCGACCACACGGACGCGGUGUGGUCGCUGUCGAGCGCGCACGGGCGCCUGCUGUCCGCGUCGGCCGACGGCACGGUGCGGCUGUGGGCGCCGCGCGCCGCGCGCCCGCUGCUCAGCACGCUGCGCGCCGACGAGUCGCCCACCGCGCCCGCGCCCGCCGCCGCGGACUUCGCCGACGCCGCCUCGCGCGCCGCCGUCGUCUACCGCGACGGCACGCUGCUGCUGUACGACCUCGAAACUGGACAGCCGGUGUUGCGCGUGGCGUGCGACAGCCCGGCGCACCGCGUGCGCUCGCACCCCACGCUGCCGCUGCUGGUGACGGCGCACGAGGACCGCCACAUCCGGUUCUGGGACGGCGUGUCGGGCCGGUGCGCGCAUACCAUGGUGGCGCACCUGGACGCGGUGACGGGGCUGGCGCUGGACCCCAACGGGUUGUUCCUUCUGUCGGGCAGCCACGACUGCUCCGUGCGCCUGUGGAACCUGGACACGAAGACGUGCGUGCAGGAGAUCACGGCGCACCGCAAGAAGUUCGACGAGAGCAUCCUGGACGUGGCGUUCCACCCGCUGCGGCCCUAUAUCGCCAGUGCGGGCGCCGACGGGUUGGCCAAGGUGUUCGUCUGA